AUGUCUACCGGCCAGAUCACUCUGCUCGACCUCCCCAGCAAGGAACCUUGUUCCGCUUGGUCUCUGAACCCGUGGAAGACCCGCAUGCUCCUGAACUUCAAGGGCCUCGAUUACAAGACGGAAUGGACCGAGUAUCCGGAUAUCGAACCCAAGAUUCAGCCGCAUCUGCCUCCCAAUGAGUCCGGAAUCCCCUACACCAUCCCGACCGUCAUCCUGCCCGACAACACCUGGAUCAUGGACUCGCGCAAAAUUGCGAACUUCAUCGAGAAAUCCCACCCUCAGCCUAGUGUGCACCUGGACUCCCCCAUUCUUCCCAAAGUCGAACAACUGACUUCCGACAUGUUGAACCAAGUUCGCGCAGCCUGCAUUUCUCGCAUCCCCGACAACCUGCUCAACAAGCAAAGCGCCGACUACUGGUACACCACUCGCGCCAAGCGAGUCGGCAUGCCAGUUGGGGAAUUUGAGAAAAAGUACGGCGGAGAGGCGGCCUAUGCCGGAGCGGAGCCAUUCCUCCAGGGAAUAACAGCCUUGUUACAGGAGAAUAGUGCCGGGCCGUUUUUCAUGGGAAGCACCGUGUCGUAUGCCGAUUUCGUGUGGGUGUCUGCUCUAAUUUUCUUAAAGAGGAUAGACGAGGAUAUCUACAGACAAGUGUUGCAGAGGACAGGCGACAAAGGUGUCCAUGUCAAGCUCGUGGAGGCCUGUGAGCCGUGGUUGAAGAGGAACAACUACUAA